CGUGCAAAUACGCGGGAUAGCCAGUGAAUCUCUAGCGCGCCAAAUCUGUCGCCAGCAGCAGAGAGAGUUGGUUGAGCAAAGCGAGGCAAAUAUCGUUAAAAAUGGUGCGAACAAAAGCUGAUGGAGGUUGUGCAGCCUCAAGGAAAGUUGUUGCUGCGCGAGCCCCAAGGAAGAGUCUUGGAAGCCCGGCGGCAGGGUGCAGUAGUGCCGGUUCCCCAAAGUCAGGUAAAACAAAGUAUGCAGGUGGCAACCCAGUGUGUCAGCGACCGAUUCCUGACUGGCAGAAGGGGAUUGGUGGAUUCUUGAACAAAGGCAAAGAGAAUGUCGACAGUCAGUCUAGUUCCAGUAGUGCCAGCAACGGUGAUGAGAUUGAAGUGCUAGAGUCAGACUCAGGAGCUGGUGCAUCAGGAAGCUGCGAGUAGGACCUGAUCACACAACAAAUUGAAUUAUCCCAGCAGCUGUUCUGACAGGUGCACCUAUCACCAGUGCCUAGAUCUAGGGCUGAUCUCACAACUAACCGCAAUACCCCUCAACCAGCAGCCCAGAAGAGCAACUUACUGAUCACAUGAUCAUCGUACCGAUCAGAUGACCAGUGUAGUGCUUGGGCCCCACUGCCACUGUAAAUAGAAGAAUGAAUGUGUGAGAGAGUUGUGUCCCUUAGCUAUGAAUCCCUUGAAGUUGGUUCGUUCCAGUUGGGUUGUAUAAGGAUUGUAUUAGGUGAACUUGUAGAUUUUCCCACUUGGAUGCUCCAUUGUCCACAUUUAAAAUUUAAAACAUUGCUCCAAUCGUUCCUUGAAAUGAAACGGGAACACAGUAUGAAGUGCUUUUUGGAGACUUGUCAUUUGUAAAUAUUCACUUAUACCUAUUUCAUCAUUGUAUGCAAAAAUGUUUGUCUUUUACUUUUUUUCAGGUAGUAUUUUAUAUUUAUCUACUGUGAAAUAAAUGUUUUAAAAGCAA